AUGCCUGAGUUAGCAGAAGUUUCGCGCAUUGUUCAUUUCAUCCGCCAACAUCUUGUUGGGAAAACACUGUCCAAGGUAUCUACGCAGCAUGAUGACAUUGUCUAUGGAAAAGCUGGCACUAGCGCCUCAGAAUUCGAAAAAGCCAUGCAGGGGAAGAAGAUUGUCGGCUCUGGUCAACAGGGCAAGUAUUUCUGGAUCACAAUGUCAUCGCCCCCACACGCUGUGAUGCAUUUUGGGAUGAGUGGUUGGCUGAAGAUUCGAGAUGCCGAUACAUAUUACUAUCGAUCUGAUAAGCCGGAAGAUAAGGCGUGGCCGCCCAAGUAUUGGAAGUUCAUGUUGGAAACAGAUGAGGACCCCAAGACAGAGGCCGCAUUUGUCGAUGCUCGCAGACUUGCUCGAGUGAGAUUGGUAGAUUGCCCUGCAGACGAGAUCCGGAAGUUCACUCCUCUCAAGGAAAAUGGCCCGGACCCUGUUGCUGAUAAGGAUAUUGUGACGGAGAAGUGGCUGGGAGAUAAGCUGAGGAGCAAAAAGGUGCCCAUUAAAGCUCUUCUCCUUGACCAAGCAAAUAUCAGUGGAAUUGGAAACUGGAUGGGUGACGAGAUCCUAUACCAUGCUAAGGUACACCCAGAACAAUAUAGCAAUACUCUAAGUGACGAACAGAUCCAAAGGAUCCACACUUCCAUGCAUUACGUCUGCUCAACCUCCGUGGACCUGCUAGCGGACUCGGAGAAAUUCCCAGAACACUGGUUAUUUAAACAUCGGUGGGGCAAAGGAAAGAAAAAUGCGUCAGCCGUUCUACCUAACGGAGAGAAGAUCAUAUUCCUUACAGUUGGAGGCAGAACCAGUGCAGUCGUUCCGUCAGUGCAGAAAAAGAGCGGCGUUGUGACCAAGGAAGACAAUGAUGAGGGUGCCGAUGGUACGCAGAGCAACUCCAAGCGGAAGCGAGCAGCCCCGAAAGAGAAAACCGAGCCAGAGGAGGACGAAGAGGAAGCCAAACCGAAGAGACCAGCAUCGAAGAAGCAAACCACCAAAGCAGUGAAACCCGAGGAAGAGGGCGAAGAGAGCAAAGAGCCUGCUGGCAGGCGACGUUCCACGCGGACGAGGAAAUAG